GGUCACCGUUACGCAUUUCAGCGGAGCACCGAGCGCAGGAUGGCCGAGACUCACGGCGAGAUCAGCGGCCACGUCUGCCGGCCACCGGCCCCGGUACAGACCUUUAACCACAGAUCCUCUAAGUGGGUCCGUUUGAACGUCGGUGGCACGUAUUUUCUGACCACCAGACAGACGCUCUGCCGGGAUCCCAAAUCGUUCCUGUUCCGUCUGUGCCAAACGGAGCCAGACCUCGAUUCUGAUAAGGAUGAGUCCGGGGCGUAUUUGAUUGAUAGGGAUCCCAUGUAUUUCGGGCCUGUGCUGAAUUACCUGAGACAUGGGAAGCUGGUCCUCGACAAGAACCUGACGGAGGAGGGAGCUCUUGAAGAGGCCGAGUUUUACAACAUCACAUCAUUAAUAAAACUCAUCAAAGAAAAGAUCAGUGAAAGAGAAGCCAAGACCACACACUCGCCGGUCAAGCAUGUUUACAGAGUGUUACAGUGUCAAGAGGAAGAACUUACUCAGAUGGUCUCGACCAUGUCAGACGGAUGGAAGUUUGAGCAGCUUGUCAGUGUAGGUUAUGGGCGGGCCCAGAAGUCAGAGUUUUUCCUGAUUGUGUCUCGAGAGGUGAAGGGGGAGGAGUCAAGCCAAACUCACCCCGCCCACAGUGGAGAGUUGGUCAAUAUCGGAUCCUCCUAUAACUAUGGUAAUGAAGAUCAGGCAGAGUUCUUGUGUGUUGUUUCUAAGGAACUGCACAACCAAUCAUACAGCAGCUACACUCAACCCAGUGAGAAAGCCAAGAUUCUACAGGAACGUGGUUCUAGAAUAUGAUCAUCUAGAGCUCCCGCGUUUUGAGACAUAUCAGCUCUUUCUAGAACAUUCCAUGAGCUUGUUCACUGGACACCUGACGCACGUGAAGAGCAUGUCCACUGCAAUCCAGUCUGUAUGGUGCUUGUUUGUUUUGAUCUUCAUGGAUUCAGAGACAGGAUCUGGAGAGCUGGACCAAUGUCAAUCUCAGGGAACAAAAGGAAAUGGACAGGUCACUCUGAAUCACUGACCACCUUUUUGGUUUGUCUCCCUUUUGCUUUAAUCAAUAACAUGAACAAAACCUGAUGGCCAUGUACUCCUGCAUGAUUUGCAAUGUUUCAAAGAGCGUCUUGAGCUUCAAUGGAAGCAGGAAAAUCUGAACAUCUGUACAAAGAGUCACAUGAUCAAGGUCAUUUGAUUAGACACAGAUAUAGUACGGUCUUUAUUUAACACUGCUUCAAAAGAAAAACAUAUUUGAACUCUUUUUGUAAAGGUUUUUAAAAAAAUCCCUUUUUUGUGG